AGCCUGCGCAGACGUCCGGGCGCGCCCACAGCACCCCGCAGGCCUCCUGCGCUUCCUCUGCCCCGCACGGCGAUGAUGGCGCCGGCCUUCCGCGCGACCGUGGCGCUGCUGCUCGUGGCGCCGGGUGGCGCCGGCCGGGCGCUCCCUGCGCUCCAGGCCGACAGCAGCCUCCUGGCCCGCUCCACGGAGCUGCGGCUGCGGGAGCGCGCGGCGCUGAGCCCGCCCACCCGGCUGCAGCUGCUGCGCGCGGACGCCCAGAUCGCCCAGUGCCUGCAGAGGCGCCGGGCCGACCCGACGCAGAUCGCGGCCACGGUGCAGCAGGGCCUGUCGGCGGUGAUGGGGGCGGUGAAGCACUUCAUGAUGCAGCCGCCAGAGGUCGAGCAGGGGCUCGACGUCCUCGGCAAGGGGCUCCUGGAGGCCAUCAGCGAGCCCAUCCGGGAGCAGUACAGCAACGCGACCGCCUACGCGGCCUUCGAGCAAGAGUGGAUGGGCUUCUUCGAGACCGCUGUGAGCACCACCCCGGCCGUCCAGGGCAACAUCACGCUCUUCCAGGAGGAGGGCCGCCCCGACGCGGUGAUCAUGGCCAUCUCCGACAUCCUCUGGCUGUUGAGCGAAGGCGUCGUGAGGUUCGUCCCGCACGAGACGGCGCAGGAGGUGGCGAAGUACGUGGACGCAGUGGGCGACCUCCUGGGCGCCGUGGGCGCCAGCUGGGAGGGCUUCGGGAGCGGCCAGGAGGCGCAGGCCAUCGAGGACCUCUACUUCGCGCUCAGGGGGGUCCUGGACCAGGUGCUGCCCGAGGACCUGCGGAACGACGAGACGUACAAGCUGGUCAUCGGGACCCUCGACGGGGUGAUCUACAGCCUGAGCGAGACGGUGCUGGACUUCCAGCGGCAGAUCGUCGAGGGCACUGUGUGCUGGAAGGUGCAGGAGGCGAGGACGAAGAGGCGCCCGAAUGUCUGCCCGGAGGGCUUCUACUGGAACGGCGAGCAGCUCUGCCUGCCCAAGCCCACGCAGGAGCCCGAGGAGCUGCUGCAGGAGGCGCACCGCGCUGGCACCGCGGGCGGGCUCGAGCGUGCCGUCGCCGGCAAGGUGGACGGCUCCGCGAGCGGCAAGCAGCCCAUUCCCGACGGGGCCAUGGUCGCUCUCUGCGAGGAGACCGGCAACUACACGGAGAAGAUCGGCCACUGGUGUUACGCCGCCUGCCCAGCUGGCAUGGCGUCGGUCGGGCUGCAGUGCAAGACGCAGUGCCAGGGCGAGUUCCCGGCUGACGACGGUGCGAUGAUGUGCGGGCACAAUCCUGGCGUGCUCGCAGAGGCUGUCAUGAACAUGGUCAUCGGCGUCGCCACUGGCGCCAUCAAUUCUGGCCUGCUCAUCGCCUCGAUGGCGAAGGACGGGGUUGAUACGGACUCUCUCGUCAACACCAUCCAGGCUUUCGUGAACAUGGGCAAGCCUUUCGCGUACCAGACCUGUCCGCUGCCGGGCCGCUGAUCGUGUCUCAUGUGUACGACGAUGUACAGUGUGCGAGGUGCAAGAAUUCGAAGAACUCCAGUUGCCCCCAAGCGGUAACUUGCUUGCAGUCAGGCAGAAGCGCUUCUAUCAUCAGUCACGAUCCAAGUGGCUGUGGCGUUGCCUUUGGCAGCCGGGUUGCGAUGACAUGUUGGCGCCAUCACACGCAUGGCACAAUCAUGGCCCUCCUCCCGCAUCGUCUCGUGUAGUGUGCAGUAAGGAUGAGCGAUUUUUCAAGGGUGCCCUUGCGUGCUCCCCCCUCUCGGCCCAUCCUGGGCCGCUCUCGCUGGCCGCGCCCCGCCCUCGAAGUGUCGACAGGGCCUUCCAAGGCCCUCGCAUCCUUCCUCGUGCGUCCUCG